AUGAACGAUCAAGAGCGUGCACUAGAUGCCAUGGUCAAUGCUGACGCUGAGCCCCUCAACGUUGACGCUAGUUAUGCCUACCAAACCUGCUGCAUUAGCACUCAUGGCCCAAACCGCAUACUGAUAUUGAACGCUCCAGGUGUUUUGCGCAAUAUGCUCGUCUCUGCUGUUAAGACCUCGUAUCGCAAGGGCAUUUCAAAAGAAGUGGGCCAGCAAGAAGUGAUCCUUCAUGGUCGUCCAUUCUUUCCUUUUGGCCAAGACUUGCAGGACGGUGUGCGUAUCACCUACGCACUCAUUCGCUGCAUGAUUCAGUGCGGAUGGGACAUCACUACAGAUAUCAAUUUGAGUUGGCGAACCUUUGACGUUGCCACACUCUACUUCCACAAGUCUGAAUCUUCAGACUCCAAAUCUCGACAGCAUGUUGUCGUCUGUGCUAUCGACCUCGUCGAUCUCAAUGGCAUACAAGUGAUUGACGCACCCGUGGCUCUCGUCAAUUUGGUCAAGACUGUCAUUCAACAAAGGUGGACUGCGGGUCAUACCUACAGCCUCGCUCAAGGCACCCCUGAAUUCCGCCUGAAGGGAUUUGCCUUUGAGUCUGCAUCUUCUUCGCAACUUGCAGGAUCGCGGAUGCUUCUCGGUACCUUGCUAUCAAGACUGAGGCAGGAUGGCUAUAAGCUCAUUACAACUUGCAAUACAAAGGCUACAGAGCACGGCCAACUGAGUACUUUGAUUAUACAGUGUCCUACAUCAGCAUUGGAGCCUAGCGAGCAGCCCGAUGCCAAGUCUCAACGGCCGGGUACGUUUGCCGACUACACAGAUGCGGACUGA